AUGAUAGGGAUGCGACUUCACAUGCCAUUCCCGAAAAAUAGAUGGCAUGAUCUCUAUACAAACUUUGCAUUCAGCAUCACAACUAUCUUUUGCAUUCGGUUACUUGAGGUGGAAUAUUCAAGCGGUUCGACAGAUCAGCCCGCUUGUUUAAUGUUCAUGGAAUGCGACUCUACUGUCAUUGCUAAGAUCAUGCCGCCCCCUAAAUCGAAACUUAACUUUAGAAGACAAUAUUCAAGUAUACCAGCCAAGGCCUUGAAGACCGUCUUCAAAAAAGAUAAUAUUCGAUAUAAUGCACUUCGUAAUGCCGAUUCAUAUCCCCCUUAUCUAGAGGAUCUAGCGAAAUAUCCUCUAGCAUGUGGGACUCUAGACUCUGGCCUGAAGAUGAUGAGAGGGGGGCAGUUGAAGGAUGAUACCCUCAAGGGGAUGAAAGGACAUCUUGAACGGGAUUUAGGAUUAUGCAUUGAGGUAGGCUCCACGGCGAAUAGGAUCAGCACACAACCAAGACUUCCUGACUAUCUAUCCGCAAGAUCAGAACUCAAUGAUAUCGGCUUGGUUCUGAGAUGGAAAAACUCGGAUAUAACGGCCUUUGUCAAAGGAGGCAUUGUUCCAAGAGAGUUUGAAGGCUAUACCCUAGAUCCACUCAGUAGCGCCCUAAAGAAGCUACAGGAAUCCAUGAAUGUUGGCGUUAUACCAUCCAGGAUAAGCUUGGACAACUUUGUCAUCCAAACUUCAGCUACUAUCCCAAUCCGCGUUUCUGAUUUCCAAAAUCCAAUAUUCAUACCAUCUUAUCUUGGGACCCCAGAUGUCAGAGAACGCGCAAAAAUCGACAAGCGUAUAAGAAUCCAUAACAGCUUUGAGAUCGGAACGUACUUGGAACGACUUCGUCGGUAUCGGGUUUCAUUCGGAAAGCGACAGAUAGGAGGGGGGAAAGCCGGAGAAAUUAGCCUUCAACAUAGACCGGUGAAAAUUUUCUUCGGAGCUUUCCUGCUUACAGCUAAGUUUUACCAACUAUUAAUACAGGCAUGGGAUGCGGCACUCCUCACGCAAAUGUCCUCUAAAAGGCUCUUGGAGGGGUUCCCAUCCCAUAUGAUCAAACUAUUCUAUAACGUGUUUAAGGAUUUUGAGUUGGGGAAGUUCCCGAGGAUGAAUAAGGGUUCGAGAAAGGAAUACGGCUGGCCGUAA